UUAAAGAUCGACUGUCGGCUGUGCUAUAGACAUCUGUGGCUGUUAUUACUAACCUAUUAAUAUUAUUGAUCUAUUCUCGAAGAUCUUUUUGAAACCGACUAUUAGAACAAUUUGUUGUGUAAUUUUGUGUUGAUUGCGUGAUUCAAAUGUAAAAAAGUUCGAAUUUUAUUUAAUAAAGUGUAUGUUAUAAAAUUUAUGUGAAAAUAUGAUGGAGAAAGGUGUGAAAACUAAAACUGCUUCAACCGAUGUGAGGACUAGAAUUGAUAGUUUUUUCACUAUCAAUGAAAAACCGGUAGACGAUAUAUCUUUAGGAAUAUUCUAUAAUCCACAUACAAUUACACUUCUCGCUGUAUCGAUAGCUCUACUAGUUUAUUUCGCUUUUGUAAGGGACACACAAAACCUGGAAGAUAACAUCUGGGCUGGUAUCCAAAUAUGUGUAUUUUUCUUCUUAGUGAUCUCCAGUCUAGCUUUUCCAAAUGGACCAUUCACCCGUCCCCAUCCAGUUGUGUGGCGGUUAGUUUUUGGAUUGAGUGUUUUAUAUUUACUCCUUUGUAUAUUUUUGCUCUUUCAAAACUUGGAAACUGUUCAGAAUAUAAUUUAUUGGUUCGAUCCUGAUUUGAGGAACUUCCACAUAGACAUGGACAAAGAGUAUGGUGUUAACUGUUCAGACAUCACAGCAGAAAGAAUUUGGAGUCAUGUGGAUGUUUUUGCUGUGGGACAUUAUCUCGGAUGGCUGUUCAAAGCUAUACUUAUUAGGCACAUGGGCAUCUUAUGGGCCAUAAGCUGCAUGUGGGAGAUAACCGAAAUCGCCUUUGCUCAUUUACUACCAAACUUCAUAGAAUGUUGGUGGGAUGCCAUAAUUUUAGACGUUAUUGUCUGUAAUGGCUUUGGUAUCUGGUGCGGACUGAAGAUAUGCCAGAUGUUGGAGAUGAGAGAAUAUCGUUGGGUUGGAAUAAGAGAUAUUCACUCAACCACUGGAAAAAUCAAGAGGGCGGUCCUUCAGUUCACUCCUGAGAGUUGGACCUCUGUCCGCUGGUUAGAUCCUAAAUGUUCCUACAUGAGAAUAAUAGCGCUGGUACAAUUGGUUAUAUUUUGGCAAACAUCAGAAUUGAACACCUUCUUUUUGAAGCAUGUUUUUGAGUUGCCAUCCAAUCACCCUUUUGUUAUAGGAAGGUUGAUCUUGAUCGGUAGUUUCGUAGCACCUUCAGUUCGUCAAUAUUACAGUUAUGUUACAGACACCACUUGUAAGCGUGUAGGCACUCAAUGUUGGGUGUACGGUUGUAUCAUGGUAGCUGAAGCCUUGUUAUGUAUAAAACAUGGUAGAGUAUUGUUUGAACGUACUCAAGCUCUCAAUAUUAUAUUAUGGUUAUGUAUUAUGUUUAUAGUAUCCACGGGCUGUGUUAUUGGUUGUGUUAAGUAUCAUAAAUAUUUCGACAAAGAUGUACCCACCUCAGGUUCUAUCAAAAGUACAAAUGAAGUUGAGGAAACUCGAAAGAAGAAGUCAGAAUAGAUAAAAAUAAAAUAUCUAGUCCAUGUGUCAAUAGUACAUUAUUGCAAUUUUUCAAAGUCUGUUUUUUAUGGUUUUUCUUUUCCAUGAACAGUUUGGACAAUUUUAGGUCAUUUUCCAGUUGUUUAAUUCAAUUAAGUCUUUGCAUCUUGAAUCCUCAUUGCAACCUUUAUCAGAAUGUUUUGCAUUAAAUAUACUAUAUAAUUAAGAAUACCUUUCUGCAUAAUAUGGAUCCUUUAGUGGCUAAAAUCGAAUCGAAACUUGAUAGAAAAUUAUAUUUCUAGUUGAAAUUUUUAGUAAUAAAAGCUAAAACUAAUUUAUAUAAAAAGAAGUUAUUUUACUGUAAUGUUAGAACACCCUUUUCUAAUAUCAAUGGAGGAUUUACAACAUAUUUUACCAAUUCUCUGAUUUAGGUUUUGGAUUAUGUUUAAAAUGGCCAAGUCUAACGCGAAUAUUCUUUUCAAAUAAUCUUCUAGUUGAUCUAUGUAUAAAGAUUUAUUUGGUGUAUGAAAGCCUUUUACAGCUUAAAAUACAUUAUAAAUAAUACAAGAAUAAAUUAUUUUCUAGGGGGAUGAGAUGGUAUCCCUUGUACAGAAUGAAUUUGUAUAUUUCAUUUUCUUUACCAAAGAAUUUAAAAUUUUCUCUCACAUUACAUUUUUUUCUAUUAUAUGUAUAUUGAAAGAGAAUUAUUGUCUUUUACCUGAUCCUAAUGUUCUGUUCAUUUUUUUCUUGAAGUGUAUAGAGCUUUGAAGUUGAAUAUUUUAAGGUAUUAAAUUUCCUCAAGAUUUGGAAACAUAUUUUCCGAUGUGGAUAUUUAGAAGACAGCUUUAAGUUCUGUAUAUAAUUUUUACAUUCUUGACUGGAGAUACUUGAAUUUUUUUCCAUUCUCUUUGUCUCUCCUUGACAGAAGUUUAUCUUUGAUUAAUUAAAAGUAGAAUAGCUUUAUUUAGCAAAUAGUUAUUCAACACAAACAGUUUCACCAAUUACAUAUUGAUUUCAUCAGGUGAAUGUUAGUAACCAAACAAUUUUUGUGUUGAAUAAAUUUUUGCAGAAAUGAAGUAGUUUUACUUUUAAUCAAUCCAGUUUCUGGUUUACUAUAAAAAGUUAAUUGUUUCUUUGAGGCUUAUACACUUUUAUCAAUAAAGUCCGAUUUUUGGAUAGAGAAUUAACGGUAUCCAACUUAAAGUGCCAUAUUUAGUUUAAUAUUACAAUCACCCCAUGUUUAUAUCAUAAAUUUGGACAACUUGUAAACUGUGAGUUUAUUUAAAUAUUUUUAUUACACUUCACUUGGGUAGCAAUAAAAACGAAUUGUUGAAAUUGAAUUAAAAAGUGGCAAUGUUA